CACGCCUAGAGAAGGAUGAGCAAGCGUGUAGGUCUCAGUGUGUCUGUGUGUGUCUCAGUGUGUGUGUUUUAGUGUGUGUGUGUCUCAGUGUAUGUGUGUGUCUCUGUGUGUGUUACUCAGUGUGUGUGUCUCAGUGUCUGUGUGUGUGUGUGUCUCAGUGUCUCUGUGUGUGUGUGUCUUUCUCAGUGUGUGUGUGUCUCAUUGUCUGUGUGUGUCUGUAUGUGUGUGUCUCUGUGUGUGUCUCAGUGUGUGUGUUUUAGUGAAAAAUAAUGUACAUUUCAGAGUUAUACAAAAAGGCCAUUCUCAGGGAACAAACAGAAUCAGACGACAAGUUUCUGAGAGUCAACAGCUUGGGUGAUAGGCGGCUCACAGGACAACAGCUUCAAGCACAGCUUAACACUGGUCGAAGUAAGCAAGUCUCAGUUUCAACUGUGAGGAGAAGACUUUGAGCUGCAGGUUUGACAGGUCGAGUGGCAGUAAGAAAGCCAUUGCUAAGAUGGCAAAAUAAGAAAAAGAGGCUUGCCUGGGCCAUGAAGACUACUGAAGACUGGAAGAAGGUCUUAUGGACCGAUGAAUCAAAAUUUGAAAUCUUCGGUUCAUCACGCAGGGUUUUUGUACGCCGUCGAGUAGGUGAAAGGAUGGUUCCUCGGUGUGUGACACCAACUGUCAAACAUGGAGGAGGAAGCGUGAUGGUCUGGGGCUCUUUUGCUGGAUCCAGAGUCGGCGACUUGCACAGAGUGAGUGGCACCCUGAACCAAAACUACUACCACAGCAUUUUGAGGCGCCAUGCAAUACCCUCUGGUAUACGCCUAGUUGGUCAGGGGUUCAUCCUACAGCAAGAUAAUGACCCAAAACAUACCUCCAGGCUAUGUCAGAACUACCUUAGAAGAAAAGAACAAGACGGUAGGCUUCAAAUCAUGGAAUGGCCAGCAGAGUAUCCAGACUUAAACCCCAUCGAGCUGUUUUGGGAUGAACUGGACAGAAGGGUGAAAGCAAAGCAACCUACAAGUGCAACACAUUUGUGGGAACUUCUGCAACAGUGUUGGGAAGAACUUUCCAAACAAUAUUUGAUUUCCAUUGUAGAAAGAAUGCCACGAGUGUGUUCGGCUGUUAUAUCUGCAAAAGGUGGCUACUUUGAGUACACUGAGACAUUGAACUGCGUAAAUUUCAACAAAAACUGGAAAAAUGGAGGUGUUCUAAAACUUUUGACCGGUAGUGUAUGUGUUUGUAUCUCAGUGUGUCUGUGUCUCAGUAUGUGUGUGUUUCAGUGUGUGUCUGUGUAUGUGUCUCAGUGUGUGUUUGUGUGUCAGUGUGUAUGUCUCAGUGUGUGUGUGUGUCUCAGUGUGUUUGUGUGUCUCAGUGUGUGUGUGUGUCUCAGAGUGUGUGUUUCAGUGUGUGUGUGUCUGUGUGUGUUUCUCAGUGUGUGUGUGCCUCAGUGUGUGUGUGUGUGUCAGUGUGUGUGUGUGUCUCAGUGUGUAUGUGUGUGUGUCUCAGUGUGUGUGUUUCAGUGUGUGUGUGUCUGUGUCUGUGUCUCUCUCAGUGUGUGUGUUUCAGUGUGUGUGUCUGUGUGUGUGUCUCUCUCAGUCUGUGUGUGUCUCAGUCUGUGUGUCUCUGUGUGUGUUUCUGUGUGUGUUUCUCAGUGUGUGUGCCUCAGUGUGUGUGCCUCAGUGUGUGUGUGUCUCAGUGUGUGUUUGUGUGUGUGUCUCAGUGUGUGUGACUCAGUGUGUGUGUGUGUCUCAGUGUGUUUGUGUCUGUGUGUGUUUCAGUGUAUGUGUGUGUCUGUGUGUAUCUGUGUGUGUGUGUGUGUGUGUCUCAGUGUGUGUGUGUGUGUCAGUGUGUGUGUGUGUCUCAGUGUGUGUGUGUGUCUCAGUGUGUGUGUUUCAGUGUGUGUGUCUGUGGGUGUCUCUCUCAGUGUGUGUGUGUGUUUCUGUGUGUGUGUGUUUCAGUGUGUGUGUGUGUGUCUCAGUAUGUGUGUGUGUUUCAGUGUGUGUGUUGUGUCUCAGUGUGUGUGUGUCUCAGUGUGUGUAUGUCUGUGUGUGUGCGUGUUUUAGUCUGUGUGUGUCUGUCUGUGUCUUUGUUUCUGUGUGUGUUUCUCAGUGUGUGUGUGUGUGUCUCAGUGUGUGUGUGUCUCAGAGUGUGUCUCUGUGUGUGUGUGUCUCAAUGUGUGUUUGUGUGUGUGUCUCAGUGUGUGUCUCUCAGUGUGUGUGUCUCAGUGUGUGUUUCAGUGUAUGUGUGUGUGUCUAUGUGUUUGUGUGUAUCAGUGUGUGUGUGUCAAUGUGUGUGUGUGUGUCUCUCAGUGUGUGUGUGUGUCUCAGUGUGUGUGUUUCAGAGUGUGUGUCUAUGUGUGUGUCUCAGUGUGUGUGUGUCUCAGUGUGUGUGUUUCUGUGUGUGUGUUUCAGUGUGUGUGUCUCAGUGUAUGUGUGCGUGUCUCAGUGUGUGUGUGUGUGUCUUAGUGUGUGUGUGUGUCUCAGUGUGUGUCUGUGUGUGUCUCUCAGUGUGUGUGUCUCAGUGUGUGUGUGUGUCUCAGUGUGUGUCUGUGUGUGUGUCUAAGUGUGUGUGUUUCAGUGUGUGUGUGUUUGUGUGUGUCUCAGUGUGUGUGUCUCAGUGUGUGUGUGUGUGUGUGUCUCAGUGUUUGUCUGUGAGUGUGUCUCAGUGUGUGUGUUUCAGUGUGUGUGUGUUUGUGUGUGUGUGUGUGUCUCAGUGUGUGUGUCUAAGUGUGUGUGUCUCAGUGUGUCCCAGUGUGUGUGUCUCAGUGUGUGUGUGUCUCAGUGUGUGUGUGUCUCAGUGUGUGUGUCUCAGUGUGUGUGUGUCUCAGUGUGUGUGUGUGUCUCAGUGUGUGUCUGUGUGUGUGUGUGUCUCAGUGUGUGUGUGUGUCUCUGUGUGUGUGUGUCUCAGUGUGUGUGUGUGUGUGUGUGUCUCAGUGUGUGUGUGUGUGUUUCAGUGUGUGUGUGUUUGUGUGUGUGUGUGUGUUUCAGUGUGUGUGUGUCUCAGUGUGUGUGUGUGUCUGUGUGUGUGUUUCAGUGUGUGUGUGUUUGUGUGUGUGUGUGUCUCAGUGUGUGUGUGUGUCUGUGUGUGUGUUUCAGUGUGUGUGUGUGUGUUUGUGUGUGUGUGUGUGUCUCAGUGUGUGUGUCAAUUUGCCUGUUCCUUGAGUGCAGGUCUCUUAAUAAAGGGUAGUAUCUGUCAAACAGCAAUACUAGGCCCUGAGUGAGCAGCUGUGUUAAUAAAUGUUUCUGAUGUAUUUAUCAAAUCAUUAUUAUGCCAGUUAACUAACUAACUGACAGGUUGUUGCUACAAAAAUUGCUGCUUUUCGACAAGACCCUAUAAAAAUGUACCAUGGUUCCUGUGCCACUGGAUUUUGGAACAAGGUAUGAUGGUAACAGUGUUAAAGUUCAAUGGUGCUGUAUAAUAUAUGUAUACAACCUAUACCACCAAUGGACAAUGACCUAUUAUGGUACUAUAAUGCAGUACAACCAUAAUAACACAAUGGUAUACAGCUACACUAUACCAUAGCACUAGACAUA